AUGCAUCUAAAUGAAAAAAGAAGUGAUUUUCCCUCAUAUAAUGUCCUUUUUGUUUUUCGUUUUAUAGGCACAGCAGGAGCCGUUGGGCUCUUUGGCUUACAAACAUGGUAUGCAGCCAUUGCUGGCGACCUCCUUGCUGUUUUUACGGUGUGCAUGUGGCCUCGCAUAACUGGAUGUUUUGUUAGCUGUUUAUGUCCUGGAAAAGUCGUGAGUAUAGCCAUGCUCAUGUUUGUGCUUGAAGCAUUCUUCUGUGCGUGCUGUACAGCUUUUAAAUUUGUACCUGGUGGAAUUUAUGCUAGAGAAUGUUCCCACAUUCUUAUGAGCACAUUGGCGCUUCUGCUAUUCAAGAGAAUUUUGUGGCUAUUUGUGGGUAUAGGUUUAUUGAGAUUAGGACUGUGAUGUAAAGCAUAUGUGAAAAAACCACCAAAGAAAGAUUUGAUUUGGCUGUUCAGAUUUGGUUAUGAUAAUGAAGGAUGGUCUAACAUAGAACAAUCUGCCAUUUUGUUGAAUCAAACAGGUGCAGAUUUUAUUACAGUUGUGGACAGCGGUGCCUCAAAGCUGUUCAUUGGAAACCAUGAUCCAACCCUGUGGUUGAGAGAAAAACGUUUUUAUACCGAUUUUGGGCCAAGUACACGAGAUCAUACUUGGGAAAAAAGACUGACCCCUUAUUUGAAAGAAUCAUCUGUAGGAAAGGUGGCCCACUCUAAUUUCAGUGUAAAAAUUAAAAGCAUGAGAAGUGAAGUGAAGGAGAUUUGCGGUUCCCCACGAAGACUUAGCACUUGGCUAACAGAUAUUGACAGCACAGAUGAUGACCCGUGGUGCAAAUAAAUGUACUGUGGAUUGAUAAGGCAGGGUUAUGCCCGGAUUUCCCAUGCUCAUCUGAGUGAUGCGGAACUUCAAAUAGGAAAGUUUGGAAUUCCAGGUGGCCCAGAGAAUUACACCAACAAUGAGAAAGCCACCACCAAUCCUACUGAAGUUCUUGAGGAAAUAUAUUUCAGUUCAAGGUUUAGAUCCUACAAAGAAGGACACAAUUAUAACUAUUAUAAUCACAGCUUUCACAUGAACACACCCAAGUACUUCAAGCGAGCUAGCUAGAAGGGUGAGAAGCUAAUAGAUCACCAAAAAAGAAAACAACCCAGUAACAAUACUUAAUGAUCAAACUGAGAUAUAACUAUAGUACUGUAUUAUCUUACACUGGACUGAUUGACUGGAAUAUGUUUGUGUCAGUCUUGAUGAAUUGUAGCUGUAUGUCUCUUCCCCUAUAAAUAAAUCCCAUUUAUCUGGAUGGGAUUCACUCUCAGGUGAAUAGGAUGGCAGUUUAAGUCAUGUAUUUCAACAGGAAGUUCUACCUGUACCAUAUC